AUGGGCGCUUCCAACCACGCUUGCUUCGUCUUGGCCGCGCUGACGGCCAGCUUGAUGACUGCAAUGGGCGACAAGGGCGCUUCUCAUACCAUUGCCGCCCCCUUUGAAGUGGACCUGCUAUUCCCUCGCAACGAGACGUACGCUCCCAGCUGGCUGAUGCCCAUCGUCUUUGCGGUGCAGAAUCCGCCUCUGACCGUGCCGCCGCUGUCCGCCUCAAUCGAAUGGGCCGUCAACCCGAAUCUGCUCAGCGUUGCUGUCAACACCAUUUCGUACCCGGAAGGCGUCUGGACGCUCGCCUGGUACGUGCAGUACGAUACUUGUGGGGGACCAAGACGUGGCGAGAACUUCACCACCGUAUUCACCGUCAGCAAGUCUGGAAAGACAGUUGAUCUUGAGGCAGCCACGUCGUCUGACACUUGCGGCACCGCGGAGGCUCAAGCGUUCAACAUCACCUCUCCUGUCCAGUGUGACACGCUGGAUCCCAGUCCAACCACCAACCCAUGCGCGGCGACGAUUGAUUCUGCAGCCGCAUCCAGUAUAUCCGCCCUAGCCAGAGCCAUAGGUGCCGUCUGCACCUCUUACAGCACCAACCUCACCUGCCAGGACCCGAGACCGCCCCCCGGCCAACCUUCAGCAGCCAAUCCUCAAGUGGCAGCGGCGUCGACAUUACAUGCCCUUACGCUGCUGGCUGCAUUGGUUGCCAUGAUCCCAUCUUUACAAGAUUUAUUUAGUCCUUAA